AUGCCUUAUCGAGGGAAACCCUCCCAGGGAUGUGAAGAGUGUCGCAAACGGCGCAAGAAGUGUGACCUCCGACCAGGUGGCUGUGGACGCUGCGCCAAUGCACAUCGUCAAUGUCCUGGUUAUCCCCAGCAGGAAGGGUUGAGAAUACUUGACCAGAGUGCAGAAGUCGUCGCCAAAGUUCUUGGUGUUCGCUCUAAAGGACAAACUCCAGAAGCAGUCGACGACUUCGAUAUUUCCUUCCAACCAGAAUCCCCGCUGGGCUCUGACAGAUUUUCGUCCGCUGCUCACUCGUCUUCAGCCAUCUCCGCUCAUGUGUCUCCUCCACCCAUGGAUAGCGAAGACCUGUCUCUUGCCUUUUUCUUCAAGAACUGCGUUAUCAAUCAUCAUGUGUACCACACUUGUGUCCACGAACCCGACAACAAGCAUCUAAUUGCCAGCAUCAAAGCUUUCGGCAUUGCCAACCUAUCCAAGCACUACUCCGACAGGCGCUUGCUUAUCUCUGCACAGCAUCAAUACGCUACCGCUCUCAAUCUUACAAACCUCGCUCUUCGAGAUCCAUCCCAGGUCAAGCGAGAUGAGACCCUGCUCGCAAUCCUCGUUCUCACCAACUACGAAACUCUCACAGGUGGCGUUACACGUACUCUGGACGCAUGGGAGCAGCAUGUCAAUGGCUCGGCGUCUCUGCUCAACCUUCGUGGCCUUGAUGGUGUCCAAGGAACAUCAGGCCGGGUACUCACUCUGCAUGUCAUCACUGGUAUCAACGUUAUAUGUUUGCUUCGGAAUCUGCCCACUCCGCCCUUCGUACAUAUCCUCCAGAAGAAGAUAUUCGAAUAUCUCUACGAGCCAAACAAUCCUGCAAUUAGGUAUCAACGGAUCAACCUAGAGUGUGCGGAUUUCAGACACGCCGUUUCUCAUUGUCUAAUCACGUCACCCGAGGAGAUCGUAUCUCGCGUAGCUGAGUUGGAUGCAAAACUCACAGAUGCGUUUGCCAACGUGCCGCCAAGCUGGAAAGCCGACAUCAUUACACACUUUGUCCACAGAGAAUCUGCCGAGGCUGGCUUGCCUGGCUUUGAGCUACGGUAUGCAGAUCAGGCGACGAAUUACAUAUGGGCGUCGUACCGGUCAAGUCGGAUCAUGGUCAACGAAAUUGUUCUUCAGUCGAUAGCAAACGACUCAGAUGCACAUCAGUCGGCGCGGACCCGUUCACAAACCAUCAUGCGACAAUGUCAGACCGAGAUACUGGCUGGGAUGCCACAGUACACCUCCAAGAACGAUGAAUUGUUGCCAUGGUCAGGCUUCAAACGUCCGGUUCGUUACUUCGUACCUGAGGCUGCCUCAAGCGAGCUUCCGAUCAUGCGAGCUCUGUCUGGUUAUGGCGUGUUGUGGCCCUUGUUCGUCGCUGGUUCGUGUUAUAUAGCUACUGUCGAGACGAAGACUUAUGUGACAGAAGUAUAUCGAUACUUCGGAGAGCAACUGAAGAUUGAGCAAGCCCUGGUGCUGCGCAAGAUGAUCUUUGCAUUAUUAAGAGUUGCUCCGUCGCCAGGCCCCAGUACUGCGGCGGACAAGUGGUUCUAA